AUGGAACAAAAUGAUGAUGAUAUUAACAAUAAAUUGAAAUCUAGUUUUAAUAUCUCAGGAGAAACUUAUGAUGAACAAUUAUUAAAACGUUCGAAAAAUGUUUAUUUUGAUGUUGAAGCAUGGUAUGAAAUUAUACAAAGUGAAACAUUUCAUACUGAAUUUAUUCCAGUUUCUCCAGCAAUUGCUCAAGCGUUUGUUAAUUUUUAUCAAACACGUUAUAUGUCAAGAAAAUCAUUGAAUUUCAAUGAUAUAAAACUUAUUCAAUCAAUACAAAAUCAACUUAAGUUAAAAAUAAAUAAUGAUACUUUUAUUCGUUUAAGUGCACGAAGUCCAAAAGAUGGAAAACCUUUAGAUUUACAAAAGAUUCGUCAAUAUUAUAAUGAAAAAUUCAAUGAAUUACAAAUUAAAUAUCCUGAUGAAUGUUUAACAAUUAAAGGCAAAGCAAAUAUACAAAUAAUUGCUUAUUAUUAUGCACAAUUUCAUUCAAUGAAAAUUACGGAUGAAAUUCAAGCAUUAAAUUUAAUUUUAACAAGUGAAAGAGUCUAUUAUGAUUUAUUAGAAAUACUCGAUUGUGAACAAGUUAAAGAUACUAAUAUGAAAAUAUACGAUUGGAAUAAUCAUAUAAUUAUUCGUCGAUGGAAUAAUUUAUUAGAUCCAUCAAUGGAAUUUCGUUGUUUUGUUUAUCAAUCAAAUCUAACGGCUAUAUCACAAUAUAAUUUUUUUUGUAAAUAUUAUCAUUUACAAAAUAAUGAAAUUAUUCAACAAAUAAAACUAACAAUUAAAAAAUAUUGGCAAGAAAAAAUUCAUCCACUUUUAAAUCAAUAUCCUGAGAAAUAUUCGAAUUAUGUCAUUGAUAUAGGAUUAAUUAAUCAAUAUGAUUGUAUUGUUAUUGAAAUGAAUCCAUUUGAAUUAACAACUAAUCCAAGUUUAUUUAAUUGGACAACUGAUAAUAAUCAAUUAAAAGGACAAGGAAAUGAUUUAGAAAUACGUGUACGAUCGGAUUAUUAUCCACAUAUUGAAGAUUAUAUUGAAUAUAUUCUUGAAGUAAAUCAAUGUAAUGAAGAAAAUAAAGCAUUAUCUGAUCAUCCGGGAAACAAACCAUAUUAUACAUUUUUAGAACAAAUGGAAACACAACUUUCUUCAUAA